AUGCAUGGAUUUAACAGAUUUAAAGCAAGAGGUGGGGGUAAGAGAGGGAGAAUAAUGUAGAUAAUCUACUUUUAUGUAAAACAGGUCCUGCAUUUCUGAGAUCACCUAUGCUAAUGAUAAUUCCAAGUAUAUUCAAGAGAGAGAGAGAACCCUCAACUCCUAACUUGUACAAAUAUCUUUAUCACCUCUUGAAAAGAGCUUAACAGGGAGCAGAUUCAGGGCCAAACAGGUGCUGAAGAAAAACAACGUACUGCUGGAGAACUUUCAACGCAAUAUAUUUCCAAAAUAAAAAUGCCAUCAAGUUAUACAGAGGUGAUUGACAAGCUACAAACAAAAUUCAAACAAGGAGUCACAAAGCCUUUAGAUUAUAGAACUCAACAGCUUAAAGCUUUGUAUCGGUUAUGUAAAGAAAAUGAAGAUGUAUUAGUUAAAGCAAUGAGAGAUGAUUUGAAUAAGCCUUACUUUGAAUCUGUGAUAUGUGAGAUUGAGUUUGUGCGAAAUGAUAUUAGAGGGAUGUUAAUAAACCUAGAGAAAUGGGCACAACAAGAAUAUACUUCAAAACACAUUUUGUUGACUUUUGAUUCUUCAUAUAUUCAACGAGAACCAUAUGGUGUAGUUUUGAUUAUUGGAACUUGGAAUUAUCCAAUUCAAAUGACUCUUAGCCCUUUGGUUGGUGCUAUUGCUGCAGGAAAUGCCGCAGUUGUAAAACCUUCAGAAAUAUCACCAGCAACAGCAAGAGUGUUAGAGGAGCUUUUACCUCUCUAUCUUGAUAAGGACUGCUACAAAGUGAUAAAUGGAGGGGUGGUAGAAACUACAGAGCUUUUGAAAGAAAAAUUUGACUACAUUUUUUAUACUGGUUGUUCAUCUGUUGGUAAAAUAAUCAGAGAUGCAGCAAAUGAGCAUCUUACACCCUGUACUUUAGAGCUUGGUGGAAAAAGUCCUCUUUUCCUUGAUAAUGAAGUUGACAUAGAAGUAGCUUGCCGAAGAAUUUUAUGGGGCAAAUUCAUUAAUUCUGGACAAACCUGUGUUGCACCAGACUACAUUCUUUGUACUGAAGAAAGGCAGGAAGAAUUUAUACAAGUAGCUAAGACAAUUCUUAAAGAAUUUUUUGGUGAAAAUCCACAUAACUCUGGUGAUUUAGCAAGAAUUGUCAAUAAAAAACAUUUUAAAAGACUACACAAACUUAUGGCUAGUGGAUCAGUUGCAAUAGGUGGUGUUUGUGUUGAAGAAGAGCUUUACAUCUCACCAACAGUUCUUAUCAAUGUAAAAGCUUCUGACACAGUAAUGCAGGAAGAAAUUUUUGGUCCUAUUCUUCCUAUUGUUCCAAUAGCAGAUGUGGAUGAAGCAAUAAGAUUUAUUAACGACAGAGAUAAACCUCUGUGCCUUUAUGUAUUUUCCAACAACAAAAAUGUUGUUAAGCAAUUCCUAAAUAACACAUCAAGUGGAAGUUGUUGUGUCAAUGACACUGUGGUGCAUCUCUCAGUGGAUAGUUUACCAUUUGGUGGUGUUGGAGGUAGUGGCAUGGGUAGAUAUCAUGGCAAGUUUUCUUUCGAUACUUUUUCUCACAAAAAGGCUGUCCUCAUACGAAACUUUAUUCCACUGUUAGAAAAGCUAGGAGCGCUGAGAUACCCACCAUACACAGACAAGAAUAUGGAGAAGUUGUUGGUUUUGAUGAAGAAGCGAUCAAAUUUUUUUCCAAAAAUUAGUUAUUAUACCUUGGUAUUUUUGCUGGGUAUCAUCACAGCAGUUGUUGUGAGAUUGACUUUUGUUGCUUCUGGAUUGACUAAGUAUCUUCCUCAUCCUUUCCAGUAAAAGUGCACUUAAUAAAUCAAGGAGAAGGAAUGGAUUCAAGCUGUCAACAAAAUUUACUAAAUGAGCCUUAUCAGUUAUUUAUGAAUAUUAUUUUCUUACUGAUUAAAAUAUGUAUAUUAGUUUUUUCAAAAAAAUACAACUGAAGUAAAAUCUUUGGGUACUGAUCUGUGUAAUAUUAAUAUAAGUCAUAACUUGUGUUAUUUUUUAAAUAAUUAAGAUUGUGGACAAAGUAUGUUUAUACAGUAUUUUUUAACCUAAUUGCAUAUAUCCUAAGUAUGCCUAAGAUAAACUAAUGAACAAGUUUAUAACUUAAAUAUUUUAUUAUGAUGUACCAUAUAUACUUACAUAAUGAUUUUUAAACAGGUGUAAAACCAGAUAUUAAUUACAUUUAACAUUGAAUAAUUUUAUCCUGUUGUUUCUAACUAAUUGUUGUCUAUUUGUUUUAUACCUCAAUUUAAACACAGGUUAGCUUUUCUUUUUGUUAUUAAAUCAUAAGAACAGUGUAAGUAUUAUACUACUGAGUGUUGUUUGAAAAUAGAUUUGUUAGAACUUUGUCACAAGCGAUUAUGCUAUUUUUCAUUACUUUUUUAAUUUCUGGGAGAAGAAGGAUUCGUGCAGCUACCUAACGUUUAAAAUUUUACAAUGGUGAAAUAAUUAUGAUGCAAGUCCAUCAUAAAAUAUCAAGGAUUGCUGCCAGUUUAAAAUGUCAACAAAUCUAGUUUACAUUUUCAUUAUUAUUCUGUGAAACGGCAUUAUCAAAGCUGUUAAUUUAGUCAUUACAUAUAUCUAUACUUUUUCUAAUAUGUAAUUUUAACAUAAAUGACUUUGAGUCAGUUUUUUCCAAACUGUGUAUCACUGAAAGUUGCUAGGGGUGUGGCGAGAGUUUCCUCAAACAGAGUAGUUAAGAACAAAAAAAAAACCUACAAAAAAAUAAUAUUGUGUGUGGCAGCAGCGAUAUCAUGCAAAUCAAGGUAAGUGGGUUAGGGUGUCGUCUGUGAAAAAUGUUUGUAAAUAUCUGCUCUGAGAUUUAUUCAGAAAUUAGGUCAUAAAGUUUUAAAGAAAAUAACAGGUUUAUAAACAAUAUAUAUAUAUACAUAAAGUCACAAUGAAAGUUUUAUAUUUCAUUGGAUAUUUUCCACUCUGCUAAGGCAUGACAUGAUAUAAAAUAUGAAUAUGAGGAUGAAUGCUUAGACCCUACACCCCAUUUUCUAACCAUUGGUGCUAUUCCUGGUUAUAGAUUAUUACUUUGCAACUUGAUAUAUGUUACCUUGUUAACAGUUGCAAUUGAGGUCCCUACUUUACUUGCAAUAGACCACUGUGUUUGUGGUUUGUUUUAGGUGACAAGGAGUAGAUUUUUAACUUUCUUCACUGACUCUGAUGUGCUACAGCUACCUUGUCAUGCACUAACCUCUUUUUUCUUUUUUUUCCUUACAUGUUUUAUAAUUGCAAAGUAGUGGAACUUUACAUUAGAAAGACUAUCACUGUAACACUCCCAGAAGGAUUUGAUUUAAAUGUCUUCUGAACAUGAAAAUUGUCAAACUUCAAUUGAAUUGCAACUGGAGGGUUAGAUCUCUUAAGCUGUUUAAUCACGGACCAUGGGUAGGAUGAGAGGUUACGUGUUUAGAUAUGCAACCAUUGGUAAUCGUAAUUAGGUUGUGUUUUUUAUAUCAUUAUAUCCUCAAGAAAUGUUAUUCAUCAAGAUAUAUUUUCAUAAGAUAUCUUUAUAUCUAUAUGUGAUAAGUGCACAAAAUCUGUAUUAAUAUAGAUUACCGUAACAUUCCAUAAAAAACACUUCUUGAGCAGUGAAAUCAUUUGGAGUAGUUCUCUCUGUGAUUUUUUUUUACCGUGAGUAAAUCACACUGAACGUGAUUGAGUCUUUCAGGAAGUAUUUUUAUAUGAAGUUUAGGAAUGAUCCUUUUUAUUUGCUAUUAUUAAGUAUUGUUAUCAGGGUUUUCUAUUAAAGUAUUUUAUAUAUUUUUCCUUCUGAUGGUUUAGUUUUAGUUCUAGUUUUAGGAAUUGGACAGAAAUUUGUUAUAAACAUUAAACUUUGUUAAAAGCAUUAAGGAGAAAUAGAGAUGAAUAAGAACAUUUUGUAUGAAAAUGUGUGUAUGAUAUUUAAGAAAUAAUCUUGGUUUAAGGGUAUUUGUAAUUUCAAUUUACAAUUUCAUGUUUUAUUAUGAGAAAAUUUUUGAAAGAUUUUACAUAUUUGUUUAUGCUAUAUGGAGAAAAAGAUAUACUCAGUUUUACAUAUUUUUAUUCUGCCACAGUAAUAUUGUUGUCUCCAUUACACAUGAAAUGUGCAAUGCUUUGUAAUUUCUCAGCUAUAAGAUUUAUCUUAUGGGUCUGCCAUCUUAUAAUUUGGAAUUUUCAUUUUUUGUAACGUGUGUUGCAAGAACACGUGUAUUCCAAGCUGGCGUAUACAAACAUAAAUCAAUUUCUUUCAAUUUCAACUUGUGAAAAUAUUGAAAAUAAAAGGUAAGAAGAAAAACUGAUGCAAACAAGAUGAACAAAAAAAAAUUACUUAAGCAUCAUAUGAAGAAAGGUUAAUUUUUAAAAGUUAGCUCUACAUUUUCCUUUGGCAACUUUACAAUUCCAAUUUAUGAAUAUAUUAUUGCAUCUUUACUUUUAUCAAACUUUGACUCUUUGAGAUUGGUUGAGGUUUUUAAAAUACAUUUUUUGGUUAUUAUAAGUAGGACUUAUAAUGUAUGGUUGUAUGGGUUCUUAUUUUUACUUCCAUUUCUGUGGUAUAUAUGUUUAUAUACCACAGAAAAGCAACUUUUAAUAUCUAACUUUCAUUGUUUGGAAACAGAUUCAUGUAAUGAAAUGAAAUGUUUUUUUUUUUAUAUAAUAACUGGACCUUGUUAGUUUUAUAAGAGAAGCUGGUAACAUUAAUAUUCAGAAUAACAUUAUUGACUUCCAUAUGAUAUUUGAGCUUUUGUUUUAAUUAAUAUUGAGAUACUAAUAACUAGAUUGGAUCUGAUUUGUGAUUUUUGUAUGCUUUUUCAAAU